GCAGCUUUUGAAUGCAGCCCUGCCGUUUAACCGCCACGGUGCUAGCGUGGCUAAAUUAGCUUAGCUUUGCUGCUCAGAGGCAGAGUUCACUAACCCCAACAAGUGAAGGAACUUGGAGCAAACAUAGAAAAGCCUGAACUCUGCAGACUAGAUCCGGGGGAAAACUACUGUACUCUUCUGUCAAAAGAGAGGUUUGACGUUAUGUUCAAGAAUAAAUCGGCCUGGUUUUCCAGCAGUGUUCCACAGACCUGCAGGGACUUCUGGACGCUGGAGGGUGGGGUCGUUGUUGGGUGGAGGACGGCUGAUUACCUUUUCAGUGCUGAUGCUACAUGUCCAGACACCAUGAGGAUAUUUGAGAGCAGAGAUCACCUGUGGAGCGAGGUGGUGGUUUUCCACAGCUUGUUUCUCUCCACCUGCGAGAAGCGCAAGAGCGUAAAGUCUGUUUGCAUCGGACACUAUGUGCUGCCUCCAGCUUCAGUACAGCAGGUCAGGGUUGUGGUUGGGAGGUUGAUUUGGGAGCGUGAAGAAGAACAGGCAGUCGCUCAGACAUGUGUGCAUGACACAGAAGACGAAUACAGCGAAGGUGAAGGAAAUAACGUCAGCAAGAGCAAUCCUGAUUCAUCGCCCACAGAGUCGUCAGUCAGUCAGAUGCCUCCUUGGGUUCAUGUGCACGAUUAUCCAGUUAGCGAAAAACUCACUGGAUACGUCAGCAUGGACAACCUGCAGAAAUAUACAGGAGAUCUGUGUGAUUUUCGUCCUGCGUGUUCCCGAUGCAGAAACUCUGGACAUGAGCAAAUGGGCCGCAAAAGAAAAGCCUGUUAAUCAAGAACAAGCAGCAGAUGUGCCUUCAGAUAAAAGCUGCUCACAUUUCCUCCUGGAUUUGUUUGUGUAAUCAAUAUAAAGUUCACCACAGCACGUGUUCAUCAAUCACAUUUGAUUGAGUCCACAUUAUUUUAUUUUGUAUGGUGUUUUAUUCACGUAACGUUCAGUACUUUUUAUGUUACCUAAUGAAAUAAUUUAUUUAAAAAAAUGUAAAUAAGCCCACAUACUGAAUAGCAUGUUUCAACUGUAGAUUCUGUCUCAGUGUGUUCAAGUGUAAUUUUAUUAAACAGGGACACCUCUGAAUUAAAAUGAUGUUUUUUGGUUUCUCAAAA